AAAUGGUAAGGAGGCCACCAUGGGACGUUACUCUUACGGAGGUGUUCAUAUGCAACCAGAGACUCAGAUAAAGCCGCCAAAUAGUGCUCCUUACACCAUGAACCCGCAUUUUGAGGCACAGUGGUCGCUUCAGAAUGCACCUUCCCCAUCCUACCCUCUAAAUUUCAUCUAUCCCCCUAAAUCUAGUCCGGUCAAGGAGCCUCAUGCUGGUGUUCGAUAUUUUGAAACCUCACCGUGGUGCUCCAAUACCUUUGAAGGAAACCGACCCAACUGCCACAUACCUCCCCAUGGACUUGUAAAUGCCCCGUAUUAUGGGAACACCCGAAACCAUUCAGAGGACAGUGAGGAAGAUGAUUAUUACGAUAAUGAGCAUCUCCUGAUGACUAGCACAAGUGAGGCUCAGUGCAAUAGCCUUUCCUCGGGGCCACCGACACCGUUGAUACAUAGCGCCGUAGCCGCCUCGGUGGCCGAUUAUGGCCACCAAGAGCGAAAAGUCAGCGUGGACAUGUACCUAGAGACUAACCGGCUAAGGUCUCAGUUGCAAGAGGCCUAUUAUUUAUUAAUUCAUGCCAUGCAUGACAUGCCUCUUGAGGUUCCCUCUAGCAAGAUAGGUUGUAGAAGAGAAACGUGCCCCUCGAGCUCCCAGUCCCAGGAUAGCGUCUAUUCCCAGUCCUCUGCAAGGGUGAUAGAAAGCGAUGUCUGGUCCUCUGAUGAAGCCAGCCCCAAACAAGUGUCGCAUAGCGAUUUGGCGUCUUUGAAUGCUUUAAUAAGCUCCCAGCUUAACAGGAUGCAGACGUUGAGCAAAAGCGUGGAAGCCGUCUACAGCCCGCCAGCCUUCCGAACUUUGCACAAGUGCCACAGUGAUAGUCAGAUCAAGUACAGCCCUGUCCAUAGCAACUUGUCCUCCGAUUGUGGUUUUGAGCACAGCCAGGGUUCUAUUGGUCAGCACACUGAUGCCGACAGCGAGGGCAGCCCCCGGGACAUGUUAUCCUCUGUGAACUGGAGAGGCUCCGAGAGCGGCGCUCACAAUCCCUCGGCUUAUGUACACCAAACACCGGGGGGCUCGCUCUCCGUUCCAGUCAACGAUGGCAGGCACGGUGCAGACAUGAGCGCGGAGGGUCACAGCGCUUCACAGAAGCCAUCGGGCCUAACGGUGAAGAAAAUGCAAAAAUGGAUGUACAAAGGACGCUUGUUGUCUUUGGAAAUGAAGGAACGCAUCAUCGGAUCUUCUCAGAAAGCCGGCGGGCCCAGCAAGCGGGAGUCCAGUCCAACGGGCAGCUGCAAAUCCGAGCAUCUCCAGGACAGUUUGGCGCCAUCCCCGAAGAUGCCUGGAGAGAUGGAGAGACCCCCAAUGACAGAUUUGAUUGAAAAUGCUUACACCGCCUGUCUUAUUAAGCGGGACUUUAAAGUCACAGAAGUGAACGAACAUAACCUGCAGAGGAACCACAUCACCGUGUCGAAAAAACGGAAUUGGUUGACGCAGAGCACUCACAGAUACGAGUAUAAAGCCAUCUGUCAAUCCUCCAUUUCUCAUCCCAUUGGGAAUAAAGAUCCAGGGCUCCUUUUGUCCAGAACAGACGGAGAUGUUCCCGUUAAAGCACCGGAGAGCGAAAUCCUCCCCGCCACUCCUGCUAGCCCUGUAGCUUUGCCCACCACUGACCUCAGCGAAGAGAACGAUGCCGACGAUGAAGGAGAAAUUUGGUACAACCCCAUCCCUGAAGAUGACGAUGCUUAUAUCUGCCCCAGUUCAGCAUCCUCUAAGAUGGUCUCUGACCCGGGGCAGGAGGUGCUCGUGGCACCGGGGAAAGCUGGAGGGGUUCUAAACACAGGGGACCCGUCACACAUGCUCCCUUCUACUGAGAGUAAUGCCGGAGAUUCCUCACAUUCCACAGACCAUGGCGUGCAGCUGUGCAAGCAGAGGGUCGUGUGCAAGACUGCCGAAGACACCACUGUCUAUCGGUCCCAUGAGCACGGUCCGAGUGCCCCCAGUAGUCAAAAGGUAAUUUCAUCUGCCCCAGCCGAUUUCUCUCCACCUUGUAGCCCCAACCCGUCAAAGAAAGGAGGAAGCAUUAACUGGUCCCUCCCAGAUAAAAUUAAAUCCCCGCGGACUGUUCGUAAACUUUCGAUGAAGAUGAAAAAGCUGCCGGAACUCAGCAGAAAGUUGAGUGUCAAAGGGACGUCAUCGAGCCACAGUAACGCGUACCAUUCGUCUUCCACUUCCAAAGGAAACUGCCAGGAUGUAAGCCACGCACCAUCUUUGUCGUCCGCGGGGCCGGCAGCCUCUGCCGCCAGUAGGAACGUCAUCAGCCGCUACCACCUCGAUAGCAGCGUAUCUUCCCAGCAGAGCUACAAGAAAAAAUGUCCAGGCACUUCCAAAUCCUCCAGCAAAGGGGGUUACCUCAGUGAUGGAGACUCCCCUGAGCUUAUAACCAAAUCGGGCAAACAUGGUGGGGAGAACAGGUCCACAAAGGGAAAAGAGUCCCUUGCUUGUAAUAACACAAAGUCGGACUUCGACAUCGAUGCCUUCCGGCACUAUAGCUUUUCCGAUCAACCCAAGUGCUUCCAGUAUGUUUCCGGGCUGAUGAGCCUUCACUUUUAUGGUGCAGAGGAUUUAAAGCCUCCGAAGAUAGACUCCAAGGAUGUGUUUUGUGCAAUCCAAGUCGAUUCUGUCAACAAAGCCAGAACGGCUCUUCUGACUUGUAGGACGUCAUUCCUAGACAUGGCUCACACCUUCAACAUUGAACUUGAAAAUGCGCAGCACUUAAAACUGGUUGUGUUUAGUUGGGACCCAACCCCAAAGAAAAACAGAGUCUGUUGCCAUGGCACUGUGGUCCUGCCGGCACUUUUAAGGGUGACCAAAACCCACCAGCUGGCGGUCAAGUUGGAACCUCGAGGUUUGAUCUACGUGAAACUGACUCUCAUGGAACAGUGGGAAAACUCUGCAAACCGCCUUGGCGUGGACCGUGACCCUGUGCUAUUUGGGGUAGAUGCUCGCCAGGUUGUCGAAAAGGAGAACACGGGAUCGCUGGUCCCGCUUCUCAUGGAGAAGUGUAUCAUGGAGAUUGAAAAGAGAGGCUGUCAGGUUGUAGGGUUGUACCGGCUCUGUGGAUCAGCAGCGGUGAAGAAAGAACUCAGAGAGGCGUUUGAGAGGGAUAGUAAAGCCGUGGAGCUCUGUGAGAACGAGUACCCGGACAUCAAUGUGAUAACAGGUGUAUUAAAGGAUUACCUGAGAGAGCUCCCGUCUCCGCUGAUCACAAUGCAGCUGUAUGAAGCUGUUCUACAUGCCAUGACCGAGAAACCGCUCAAGAUGUCUGGGAACGGCUGCGAGAACGACCUGCGGGACUCUGAGCACACGGUGGAGCUCCUGAACUGGCUGCCCGAUGUGGAAAGAGCGACCUUGAAGAUGCUGCUGGAUCACUUGAAGCUGGUUGCCUCUUAUCACGAAGUGAACAAGAUGACCUGCCAGAACCUGGCCGUCUGCUUCGGACCGGUCCUCCUGAGUCAGAGACAGGAAACGUCCAAUCACAAUAAUCGUGUCUUCAUUGACUCGGAAGAGCUUGCCAGUGCCUUAGAUUUUAAGAAACACAUUGAAGUUCUUCAUUACUUACUGCAGUUAUGGCCAGUAAAAAGCGAAUCUCCCAAAGACCCCACACCAAACAAUGUUCAAGCGGAGCCCCAGCCGUGCCUGCGAAGGAAGAAGUCACGGCCACAGAUGCUUAAUUUAAACAGCUCGGACGCCUGUAGAGUCCUAAGGCCAAGGGCGGCCCGUCUGGACAGCCCCUCCAGCAAUCGCUACGCAGGAGACUGGAGCAGCUGCCAGGGAAGUUACUUAAUGGUCCCCAAAGAGGAAGGCGAUUAUGCGGACGUCCCGUUGGAAAUCCCUCAACCCCUGGACACCUGUGUCCGGACAGAAGAGUUAACUCAGCACGCCACAGCCAAAGAAGUAUCAGUGGACUCGGCCGUAAGUGCAGGAGGCGUGUGUGAGGAGCCGGACGUUAACCUCCAGGACCUGCAGGAGAGUAUAGACACCCUGCUAGGAAACCUGGAGAGAGAGCUGAGCAAGAAUCGGCUGAAUGUCACCUUCUAAUCCUCUCUGCUCACCGUUCCGCUAUUAUCUCUUCUCAUUAGAAGAAUGGUCCUCUUAUAACCCCAUGAGGGUCAAUGCCUGUACAGCAUUGUGCUGCGAUGGCAUUUCAGAACUAAUUCUGUCUUCAUGCUUCCUGUCAUGUGCACGGCAGGAUUUCCAGGAAAUAAUUCUAUGGUACGUAUCCUCUUAGAGGAAAAUAUUGGCUGCCGGCUCAGUGAUGACCACAUCGCGGUUUGUUGGGUUAUUUAAAUGUCCCUCCGCUGUCAGGUCUGACACAUGCUGCCGCGGCUGCUGGUCUGUCAGCGAAA